CAACAAGCGUCUCACAGUCAGUCCUGUUAGAGGACACCUAUAAGGACUCCUGCGUCGAUGGUCGGCACGUCAGCUUUAUGCCAUCACUAGAUUAAACCUACUUCAAAUCGUAUAACGAUAAGGAUGGAUGACGGUACGCUAGCCUUACGACAAGAAUCCAAACAGAAUAUGCCCUUAUUGAGGUCAAUAGCGUGGGUAUCUUCGAGCACGCCAUUUUCGCUUUGUUCCUUGAUCGUUCUAUUCGCAGUGUCAUUGACUUUGGACAAUACAGAGGCCUUUGUAUUGCCAGACCAUAUUCCCCACCCACCGAGUUCUCAAUCGUUAUUGUUUGCCUCGCAAGAGAUUGAGCACUCAAGAAGAACAUGGGCUCAGCGCAAAUCACCUCGUGAGAAAGUGACCCUGAUUCCGGUCGAUACCAAAUGGUCUGGUGGUAACAAACUCGAAAAAACUGGCCACAGUAGCCGAGCUGGAUCCCCGUCUAGAUUCGACCAGCUUCCGUCAUCAUCAACAACAACAAUAGUAUCAUCACAAAGGCGCCAAAAAACGAAACCCAUGCCUGUGACCGGGUAUGAUGCUCAAUCCAUCGAGGUACACUAUGACCGACGACCUUUGGAGGUUGGUUGGCGCUUAAACUCACUCGGUAUUCCACUGCUGGGUUGGUACAUGCGAUUAUUGCUGGAUAGAGCAAUGGGUCUAGACGGUGAUGAAAAUGUGCAGCGGAAGCGCGGACAGGAGCUGCGCGAGCAUCUGAUUCGCUCCAAAUCAGUGGCUCUCAUCAAGUCGGGGCAGGCGGCCUCACUCCGACCUGACUUGAUUCAGAAUCGUUUUUGGGCUGAAGAACUCGGUAAACUUGUAGAUGCAGUUGGAUCAUUUUCGGAUUUACAGGCUAUGAAAAUUAUGCGUAAUGAAUUGCGUGAUAUAAGGCCGCGUUUAGAUGUGACCCGAACAUCCUGGCAAACCGCAUCAAGAGCUCGUCGGAGGAAAGGUCGUAUGAAUAGGGUUGAAAAAAUGGUAGAGGCGGAUGAUGUUCUGAACUUGUUUGAAUUUUAUAACGAGAAUCUAGCGGUGGCGUCUGCAUCCAUUGGGCAAGUGUAUAAGGCUCGAAUCAGAAGUGGGCCUCAAUUGGAAGCUGCGAUAGGGCCUGAGCAAGCUGCUAAGUGGGGAGGGAAGGUUGUGGCUAUUAAAGUACAGCGUCCAGAUGUGGAAGCUUCGGCUUCUUUAGAUAUGUACCUACUGCGACGAACAGCAAUGUGGCUCAGUAAAAUACGAGGAGGCGACCUACCGAAAGUUGCGGACUGCUUCGGAAUGCAGCUCUUUGGAGAACUGGACUAUGUUCGGGAAGCCAACAACUGUGACAGGUUUCGAGAACUGUACGAAGGUUGGAGCGACAUAAAAGUACCCGCUGCUUGCUCGGCGUUUACCCGAAGACGGGUCCUAGUAAUGGAAUGGAUAGACGGGGUAAAGGGGCCCUGGGACGGGCAAAGGGGUAUCGAUAUGGUUCGCAUUGGGUUGCGGUGCUCGGUAGAUCAGCUCAUGACGACUGGGCUUUUUCAUGCCGAUCCCCAUCGCGGCAAUAUGCUGAGCACUCCGGAUGGGCGGCUGGCCUUGAUAGACUUUGGGAUGAUGGCAGACAUAGAUGAGAAGGAUCGAUACGGGCUCUUUGGUCUAGUGAUUGGUCUGCAGAACAAGGACUUGGCCCUUGUCACCGAAAAUCUGUUGGAGUUGGGGUUCUUGAAAGAUACGACCCAGAUUGAUCAACUAAUUCCUCGGUUGAGGGCUGCUCUAAUGAAUGCCACAGGCGGUAGUGGAAAAGCCUCGGACGUAAACUUUGCGCGUCUUCAAGCAGAGCUGGAUGAUAUUAGUCGAGAGAAUGUUCUGCGCUUCUCAACGCCCCCCUUUUUCACGGUGAUCAUUCGAAGCUUGACCAUUCUCGAGGGCGUCGCGUUAAGUGUUGACCCUGCAUUCAAGCUUGUUCGUGGAGCUUAUCCGUAUGUCCUGCGACAGCUACUUUCUCCCGAGGAUCAAGUCCGUAUGCCAGCAGCGUUGCAGAAACUUUUGAAACGCCUGCUCACCGUCAACGGGGAAGAACGCGAGAUAGAUUGGGAGCGCUUACGUGAUUUUCUUAGACUCGCUCAAAAGGCGGCAAGGAAAUACGACCCCUCAAUGAGUGAAGUAGACGACAAAGCGUCGCUUUCUCGGCAGACGAUUGAACUGUUUGUCCAAUUUUUGACCAGUAGAGCAGGCAUCUUCCUGAAGAAGCCCUUGGUCCAUGAACUCGCCGAAGCUAUUGAUGGCAUGGCCAGUAUUGGCGAAGGCAACUUGUACCGCAUGUCUCGGGGGCUGUUACCCGCUCUACCUGGUAUGAACGGACCCGUGAAUUCUCGCCGUAUGGAUGAGAUCUCCAUGAUGCUGAAUACCUUUGAAGAUGCGCUUGUGAUGGAGAAUAACGACGGGGGUAGCCGCGCCCGAAUGGAAGCUAUUAUGGAGCUCUUCCGGGAAGUUUCCGCCGCGCUGGGGGAUGAACGGCUGCGUCAAGAUGCUGGCCCGUUGUUGGUAGAACUACAAUCGGUGAUCCAGAUGGUUGCUGUCGAAGUGCUGGAGAUUCGUGGGUCUCGAGCUAUGCGAUCCAUCCUCCGCGUCUAACUUACAUUUUAAAAUUGCUAGAGCUAUUGUCAUGAUGACACAUUUAUCCAAGACCUCAUUACCGACUCUCCCUCGGCUGCUCCUGAGCAUAUACGUGGGCAUACGACACGUAUGGCUGGAUUGCAUCAGGAACAUCCUUUGGUGCCGCCUCCGGAGCUAGCGACCUUAAUUCGUCCCUUGACUCCAGAACGAAGAACCCGAUGUCUGUGUUAGGUAACAAAGACGGAACCCCUCCUCCGACUACCACGGUUUCCCACUAGUUUUCUUCAAAAGUUUCGCAACUCGUGCAAUAGAAGCUUUUUUCCUUUCCUUUUGGUACGUUC